AUGAAGAUUGUUCGUGUUGCUACGCUACUACUAUCGCUCGUCGUCACGACGGCUUUUGUCGUGGACCGACCUACGGUCGCUCGCACAUCGACGGCACGCGCCGACACACCGCACGGCGCCCGGGACAUUUCCGCCCGUUCGGAAACUCUCGACACGGUGUACACCUCGGAGCAGAUCGACGCCCUCUUGCCGCACCGUUACCCCUUUGCCCUCGUCGAUAAGGUCGUCGAGUACGAUGCCGGCAAACGUGCCGUCGGUAUCAAGUGUGUCACCAAGAACGAAGAGUUCUUCAACGGACACUUCCCCGGGCGUCCCAUUAUGCCCGGUGUACUGCAGGUGGAGGCUCUCGCACAGCUCGCCGGCAUUGUCUGUCUCCAAAUGGACGGUGCCACGCCCGGUGCCGUCUUUUUCUUUGCCGGAGUCGAUGGCGUCAAGUGGAAGAGACCCGUAGUGCCCGGAGACGUACUCGUCAUGGAAGUCGAAAUCAAAAAAUGGAAGGCCAAGUUCGGAAUUGCCAAGGCCACCGGCCGAGCCUACGUCGACGGACAACUCGUCGUGGAAGUGGACGAAAUGACCUUUGCCCUGGCCAAGUAA